AAUUCACCGAUCAAUCCCUCUAGUUCCUCUUCCCCAUCGGUUCAAGAAUAUGAACAACUUCAUCCAUUUUGUUAUACUCUUGGUUUUCUCUGAGACUCCCUUGUCAUCAAGCACCCCUGAAUUGUACAGAAAUUGCAGCAAUCAUUUCAGGUGUGGUGAUGUUGUUGCAGGCUUUCCAUUCUGGGGAGGAGAUCAAAGACCGCGUGAAUGUGGCCAUCCAGGACUAAAACUCCAUUGUGAUUACAAUGAUACUGCUGCUAUUUUAGAAAUUAUCGGUGUUAGAUAUCGGGUUAUUAAAAUUGAUCAGGAAACCAAAAGACUGAAGAUUGCAAGGGAUGACUAUGAGAGUGGAAUUUGUACCCAGAAUAUCCAGGACACCACCCUUGAUGACACUCUCUUUGUCAGUGCUCCAGAUUAUGUAAAUUUUACAUUACUCUAUGCCUGCACGAGUCACAUUCCAAUAAAUGCUACUGCAGACUUCAACUGCAGUUUAAAAUCAAUCUAUGGAGUCAAUUCUACCAAGGGUUUCAUCGUACCAGGAGAUACUGGUCCUAUGGGUUGUUUUGCUAGUGCCACUGUCCUGGUUCCUGAACAAAGAAAAGGGUUCGAACAAGCCCUAAUAGAUGGAUUUGUGGUAGAGUGGAAGGUGGAUGAUGAAGGGUACUGUCAGAAGUGCAUGGCCUCCAAGGGAGAGUGUGGCAUUAACCCUUUGAAUGAAACGGCGGUUUGCUAUUGUCAGGAACCGAGUAGUUCAUUGAAAGAAUGUCAUCCCCUGCCUGCUGCAGCUCCCCCAGCAGUAGCUGCCAAUGAACCAGGCAAGCCUAAAGUAUCAUCAUCAAAAGUGGAAAAUCACACAAGGGUUGAGGCAUUCAUAAUUCAACACGGUUCUCUUGCUCCCAAGAAAUUUUCAUACUCAGAGAUCCAGAAAAUAACCAAUUCAUUUGCAGAUAAAUUGGGCCAAGGAGGAUAUGGCAGUGUAUACAAAGGAAAAUUACUUGAUGGCAGAAUUGUGGCAGUGAAAGUACUUAGCAAUAGCAAAGGGAACGGGCAGGAAUUCAUCAAUGAAGUUGCUAGUAUUAGCAGAACCUCUCAUGUCAAUAUAGUCACCCUAUUGGGCUUUUGUUAUGAGAGGUCAAAAAGAGCUUUGAUUUAUGAGUUCAUGUCCAAUGGAUCACUGGAUAAGUUCAUUAAUAAUCAAAGAUCUCCAGAGGAUCAUCAGCUUGCAAUCAAGACCUUGCAUGAGAUAGCACUAGGCAUUGCUCGAGGACUAGAAUACUUGCAUCGAGGUUGUACCACAAGGAUCUUACACUUUGACAUAAAACCUCAAAACAUCCUCUUAGACACCAACUUCUGUCCUAAGAUCUCUGAUUUUGGUCUCGCUAAAUUAUGUGAAACGAGAGAUACUAUUGUUUCAAUGACACGGGCCAGAGGAACUUGUGGAUAUAUUGCUCCAGAGGUAUUUUGUCGAAGCUUUGGAGGGGUAUCUUACAAGUCUGAUGUGUAUAGCUAUGGCAUGAUGAUCCUAGAUAUGGUGGGGGGAAGAAGAAAGAAUGUUAAUCUGGAAAUGUCUCACUCCAGUGAAAUCUAUUUUCCAACAUGGCUGUAUAAGCAGCUUGAAAAAUCAGAAAAAUUAAAUCUUGACAGAGUCAUAGCUGAAGAGGAAGAAGAAAUGACAAGGAAGAUGAUGAUAGUGAGCCUUUGGUGCAUCCAAACAUUUCCAUCAGACAGACCAUCAAUGAGCAGGGUGCUAGAGAUGUUGCAAGGAAGCCUUGAGGAUUUGCCAAAUCCACCAAAUCCGAUGAAUUCUGCAACUGCAGUAAGACCACCCCAGAACAGCUCCACCACAUCAUCGUCAUCUCUAAUCCAUAUUACAGGUUAACCCAUAUUCUGUAUUAGAAUUGAUAUUUACAGCGUUUACUUAUAAAUAGUGAAGUUGUUG